GGCUAUCCCAGUGCUGUCUGGUACAUUUUGGGAAAUGAGUUCUGUGAGAGAUUCUCUUACUAUGGAAUGCAUGGUAAGUUUUAAUGAUAAUAGUAGGGAGCUUAAGCAACAAUGACAGCUAGGGCUACAGCUACAAAAAUGUCACUUAAAAAGUGUAUUUCAUGCUUCAGACUUUAUCGGGCUUAUUCCAUCUUGUUCAAUUCAUCAAAUGUUGCCAAUUUUUUCUAGAGUUGUGAAAGACUGUAUCAAAGUUCAAAGUUCUUGUGUUCACGUUCUCCACAAAAUGUGAAAUUAGGCAUUUUCACGUCGUAGUUGUGUAGUGACGGCAAAGAAAUGUACAAAAAAGCAUGAUGCACAUUCAAAGUUGUUGUUUUGCCAACAAGUUUUUGCGAACCUAUUGUUUUUUUGCCAUUGUCUUUGACGUCACCAUGGUCAUUUCAUUAGUGCACUUUUCAAAAACAGGCAAAUUCUGAAGUUGAAAAGCCAACUGACGAUUGCGUGUUUCACUGCCGUCAAUCAUUUUAAUGGGCCUCUUAGGAAACAAAACUUUACUUUAACGAGUUCAAAAGGUCAGGUUUGUGAUUUGUGAUUGGUGAAUUUCAAUCCUUUUCUUGUGUUUCUGUGUUUCAAGGUUCAUUGCUUGUGAUCGUAAUUAUGAUUGAUGGCAGUGAAAAAUGCAAUUGUGAAGGUGGCUUUUGAACUUAAGAGUUUGCAUGUGAGUGAAAAGCGCAGUAGUAAAUGGUGGAGGUCAAAGCUCAAACCUUUGUCAUGCCAUGGAUCACAGUAGGGCUGCCCUUGUAGCUCUGGGGUGACCUCACAGGAUUGAUUGGGGAAACAAUGAACAAAUGCAUGUAAAGUUAAAAAUGGAACCAAACCCGAAAGCAAAAGAGCUGCAACCCAAGGGGGUCCAAUUAAAUGAAAGGUUCUGAAGCGGUGCAAGGCUACUGCACAGUAGAAGUGGUGUAGGGUACAUGCACCUUGUGUUUUGUUGAAGUGUUUCAAGUAGUACAAGAAAUUAUGAAAUGAUCACUAAAGGGAAAAUGCUUUUGCUUUAUAUCAUAUUCUCUCAACUAAUAUUAUUCUUUGACCCUUCAAGUGCCAAUAGUGACCAAAAACAAUUUUCUCCUAAUAAUAUCCAUACUUUGUCAAGAGAUAAGGUUAUGAGAAUUAAUAAAAUGAUCACCAUAGAGAAAAUUCCAUGACCUUUUAUCAAAUUCUCUCAACUAAUUCUUAAAGGAGAUGUAUGGAGAUCAGUUUGGAGAAUUUGUAUGUGGAUAUUGGGGCUUAAAGGGUUAAGGAUCUUAUAAAUGUACUGUGUAUAAAGAGCAGUGAGUAUAAAAUUAUGGAUAUUAUGGCUUAAACAUUUAAUUUUGUUUUUUUUUGUCCACAGCCAUUCUUGUCAUCUACCUAACACAGAUGCUGAAGAUGGAUGAUGAUUCUGCUACAGCGAUUUAUCAUGCUUUCAACAUGCUGUGCUAUUUUAGUCCUCUCUUUGGGGCCAUGUUAGCUGACAGUCUUCUAGGCAAAUACAAGUAA